UUCACUCAGUACCGACUGAGCCCUCGUACCAUGUUCACUGACAAAGUAGUGCUCAUCACUGGAGCCAGCUCAGGGAUAGGAGCUGCCUGCGCUCUUGCCUUCGCUAAGUCAUCAGCCACACUAUCACUAGUAGGACGAAACCUAGACAACCUAAAUAAAAUCGGACACCUCUGCGAGAAACUAAACCGUAUAAAACCACUCCUAAUAGUUGCAGAUGUAACAUCAGACACUGACCUAGAUAAAAUAGUAGAAGAAACAGCAAAUAAAUUCGGAAAAAUAAACGUUCUAAUCAACAAUGCCGGGAUAAACUCCGUGCCCGAAACACAUUCGUCAGCAGAAACUUACGACCGAGUUAUGGCGACGAAUCUACGUGCCACGUACCUGCUCACUACUAAAGCGACACCGUACUUACUCAAAACGAAGGGGAACGUCGUAAAUAUUUCCAGUAUCCUGUCGAACAAACCGCUGCCCAUCAUGACGCCAUACUGCAUGUCCAAAGCAGCCAUCGACAUGCUGACGAAAUGUACAGCAUUGCAACUUGGCCCACGAGGAGUGAGAGUCAAUGCUGUCAAUCCUGGACCUGUGAAGACAGAAAUGUUUAGAAGAGGAGGCAUGACUGACACAGACUGCGAUAGGAUGUUUGCUGGAAUAGAAAUGAGCGCUCCUUUGAAGAAAACAACAAAAGGCGAAAAUGUAGCGGAACUAGUGAUGUUCCUAGCGAGUGAUAGAGCAACUUGUAUCACUGGAAGUUGCUUCGUCAUCGACUGCGGACUCAUGCUGGGCGAUGCCGGCAAUUUGUGAUUGAUGAAUGCAUACAAAAAUCUUAAUAUACGGAACAUCAUAACAUCAUG